GCAACAACAAAAUCGAGCGCAAUGGCGGCGGUGGACCCUCUGUCGUCUUCUCCGUCUUCUGGGAUGGAAGAUGCGGAUUUACUGUAUCCGGAGCUGAUGUCCACCGAGGCUCUGCUGUCCUUAUUCAAAAAGAGACACGUGAGCCAUCCUCGACUAGAGGAACUAGACAAGGACUCCCUGGUGAAGCUGUACCGGACAACGCUGCUGCCCUUGCCGCAGCGUGAAUACGGGCAGAGUCGGGUAGGGAAGCGACUGGCGGCUUUGCAGAGCAGUGCCGACAGCCGCCACCAAAAGAGGAAGGCAGACUCGGAGGACGCUGUGCCAUCGACUCGGGGUAGUGGAAAGAGCCAUCCUCAGCAGAGUUCGAGGCUAAAGCCCCCUCCAAGCAUGCAGGGGUCCAACGACACCAAACCCUCCAAGAAGGCCAAGACCCCCUCGAUGGGGGAGGGCGACCAGGCCUGGGGCGCUUGGGAUAAGCCAAAAUCGAAGCCAAGCAAGAAAACAAGCCCAAGAAACCACAGGCCUGAAGCGGAAGGUCCUCCUAGCAAAAAGCAGCGAAACCCAAUCACAUGGCCUUGAAGAAGUCGUUGAGUCUCUCACCGUGUGCUGCAUUGCAUAUAGGUACAACUCAGCCUUGCAAUCCAUGUUGCAUUAUACAAAAAAUGCACUGCAACCCUGUCUACUUUCUUAACUUCUUUAUUGGUGCUAUUCGUUUUCCAACUGCCUCUCUUUUAGUGUAAUAUUUUGUUGUGCUAUAGAAUCAGUCAUACUCACGGUUGUUGCUAGAGUCACCAAACCUUUUCAGCGAAUUCCUGGACAAGAUGGGGUAUGAGAAGACAGUGGGUUGAACUUGAGCUUGCAUACAUCGGUAUGAAAGCUUAACCUGUUCUACUUGCUGCAACAUUCACUCAUCGUAAGCAGAAGUGAACCGAGCGAUGCUGAUAGCAAAGUACAUGUGUUAUAUUGGCAGCAGGCACCUUCCCUAAGUGGUAGAUUGCAGCCAUCAAAGGCAGAAGCAUCGAGCAAGUGCCGACGGCAGGGACACAUGCAACAUCUUGUGGCCGUUCGGGGGCUUUGCCACAAGAGUAUGGUCAUGGUUAAAAGGAACACAAACCAUGGAGCUGCUACCAAGCAGAACCUGCAUCACCUCAUAAUGGAGGGCAAAGGAAAUAAAAGGGACCAGUUCAUCCUUCAACCUAUGGUGCUAGGUUUGUGCUGUCCCACGAUGCAUCCCAACACAAACAAGAAAUGUGAAGUGGUAUCGCAGUGAAUUGGCUGCUCAGAAUCCUGCAAUGCCUUUAGCCUUUUCGCUACAAAUGACACUGCCAUUGUCCCCUCACUGUCAUUGGCCACACAGUUGUCAACAGUCUUUGGUUUCUGCGCAGGAGGAAAUGCGACUAAAGACCGAGACAAAUAUCCAACGACACACACCGACGACAAUCUUAACAGAGCAGCACCGCCGACUUUUGCCAGGCAGCUUUGCGAACUCUGAACGGCCAACGCUUCAUCGUUCAUCUCUCGUAACCGUGAGAGUACCUAGGCAUGUGUUGGUAGUCGAGUAGUUCGAUUCCGCGAUUCCUGCCCAUGCUUAUCACGAGAACAUCAAAAUGGCAUUGGUGCCUUCCUUGUCACUCCUCCAAAAACUGCGCAAAUUCUUUGGUUGCUAGAGACUGCUGUGGAUGAGUACAUAGAAAUGGAGCUCAUUUCGAAAGAAUGAUUAUCUGAAACCUAAAAGCCGACCUCACUUUACUGUAGGCUGUCCCGACACGAGAUUAAGGUAAAAUCCCGCAGAAGUGCACACUUCAUUCAAGCGCCCACUAAUAACAUUUCCCAAACUUGGGAAUUCUGCAAGUAUACUAUAUGUUAACCGCCUGACUUGGCCAGACAAGGCCCCAUAUCUAGAUUAAUCCAGUUUUCAGUGAAAAUGGGGUGGGCGCUCCCUCAGCAUUUUACGGUAACAAGACGGCAAAAAGUGUGCACGUUCAGAUGUUCAUUGAAAUUGCCAGCACAGGAGAUAAGGAAAACCACUGACCAAAUGCACAACAGGUGUUGUUUUCAUAGAUGAUUACAAUGAUGACAGCACGAAAUAAUACACCUUAUUGCUAGUGUGAAACGGAUCAGUUUUAUUGUUAUAUACUGUGGGGACCGAAGAAAGAGAAUAAGGAUGGCUCGGGGGCCUCUCCUUGGGCACCAAUAUGGAGAUGAGAUGACCACUACAAACUAUGACAAAAGAAACAUCACACACAAGUGUGAUGCUUCUUCUGUGUUUGGUACAAAAAAGAAAUGGACUGCUUGGAGUGACUAACAAGUAAGGGCUUUAUGAGCCAUGAAAAUGCCUUUGUGCAUCCCAAAAGGUUCGGGACCCCCAUUUGAAAACUACUUACCCAAAAAAUCUGGAAGACAGCAAUCGUCAUUGGCCCUAGCAACCCUGCUGCCAGUCAAGCUCGCUUUGUUCAGCUCUCCAACACUGUAAUGCGGCUUUGCUGGCUCCUAGCUCCCAAAAGUCUCUAUACGAAUAGAAUUAAUGCUUUUUAUUGCCACGCAAAUUCUAAAAAGAAAGACAUGGCAGCUUGAUGACUCGGUUCCGUUGCACCAUUUUCAAGUUGCUGCCCAGGGCACACGCCACGUGUAGUGGUACAAUUGGUGCUCUUGCUACUCUUGUAACUCUCGUACCUGGGGCUUUGAUGCCAGGAGGAUGGCUGCGCAAUCGAGCGAUGGUAAACAGAAGCAUGGAACAUUGAGCCAAAUACUUUACCAGGGAGAAUACAUUCCCCUCCGUUCAUUCGCUGGAGACAGUGCACCAACACCGCUAAAUUCCCCCUAGAGGCGCGGACAUCCGAGAGAGUGCACGUGUGACGCCGAGGAAGAGGGCUGCCGUCGGUGCACCGAGAUACCGGGUUCGCCGAGACAGCAUAGAUGGCCGUCUCGACCGGCCGUUCGAGUGAUAGACGGCAGCACCCAAUUCAAGGGGGAAAACCCUGGGGCUGUGGCACACAAACAGCCGCUGGAGCUACGCAAAGCCUGUCCGUGCCAAGGCCAUUGGAUUUCCGCGAAGCAAGAUGUAUUCCCCUAGUAAAGUUUUUGAUCGAGAGCGCAGGACCGUACAAAGAACAAGAAGGGGCAGAAAGAAAUUUGACACGGGAGGCGGUGUAAUGCAACUGCUCGUUUAUUGUUAAUUAUUCGGUCUUGUCGUUUAUUAUAAAUAGUGGCGGGAGAGAUUACAGUGUCGGCCGGCCACACGCCUCGUGGGUCCAAAGUACAUUGCGCAUCCCGUGUGCACAGCAACAUGCCCUCAGCCCUCCUCCUCUUCAUUGUCGUUCUUUCUCUUGUUUUUCUCGCGUAAGAGAGAGAGAAAGAGGGGGAAUGAAAGGUGACUGGUGCGUCGACGCGCCGUAACCGUGAGAAACAGAUGCACACACACUCUCGGACCACGUGCACUAAAAGGGAGGAGGCUUUUCUCUCUCUUCUCUCUCUCUGCAUGAAGCCUAGUGCCUCUGCUAAGCCCCUGGGGGAGGAAUCAAAAGGGGAGAGGGGGAAGGAGGAUGUUUGUGUAUAGCAGGGAGUCGACUAUCGUUUUUUUAAACCCUUUGUUAUUUUCAUUUUUUUUUGUGCGUUUUUUUUUUUUUUUUUUUCAUUUGGAAGAGAUGCAGGGAUUUAGUAGCUCAGCGGAAAGCGAAACCAAAAGAUGCAAAAUAGACUCGUCUGCUUUCUGUUGGCGCUUCCGUAAAUGUGGGAAUGUUUUCACCUUUUUUUUUUUAGUUCUUUUUCUUGUUUUGUCAUGUUUUUCUGGUUGAGAAUUCCCCACACGGGGCAUAAAAAGGGGGGUGGUUGUCGUCGUUGUGGCGUUUGGAAUGUUUGUCUGUGCUAGGCGUGGUGGCAUUUAUGUCUUGCGUGUCUCUUUUACGCGUGAAUGAUUCAAAUGAUUCCCGAACUAAGGAUUUUUUCUCUCACAAAGGCAGCGUGGUUUUUGAUUCGGGGACACUCGGUUGCUGUUUAGUUUAAGGUGGGUCAAGAAGGGAAGCCGGCUUCAAAUACUGACAAGAAAUACUACUAGUACCACGCUUUUGCACUCGACAGUCGUCUUUUCUUCCCCAUCUGUCGUUUCAGGGGUUCCGGAAUAGCGUCAAGACGUACCGUGUGCGACAUCAUUCAUUGCAGUGAAACUUCAUUGAUCAAAAAU